UUUGACAAGUUACAAAAUAAAGAAUAGUAGAAUCGUGUAAUGAAUACAUUUUUAAAGUUUUAAAAUGAAAAUAAACGAGAAAAACUUAUCGGCGUUCGCGACAGCACCCACCCCAAUAGAUAAAGAGGGAUACUUGAGUAAACGAGGUGAAGUGAACAAAAAUUUCCAACGCCGCUAUUUUGUGCUUAAAGGUAAUCUACUGUUUUAUUUUGAAAAAAAAGGGGACAGAGAACCAAUUGGUGUUAUUAUUUUGGAAGGAUGUACAAUAGAGCUAGCUGAAGAUGAUGAGCAGUUCAGCUUUAAAAUCGAAUUUCAUGGAACUAACAACAGGAGCUACAUCUUGGCAGCUGAAUCUCAAGAAGCCAUGGAGCAAUGGAUGAAAGCACUGGCCUGUGCAAGUUACGAUUACAUGAAACUAAUGGUAGCAGAACUGCAAAGACAACUGGAUGAUAUUGAAGAACCUCCAUUGCCUGUGGCGCCUGUUCAGGGAUCCCCCGUUCCACCUCCGAGACAACGACACAAUCCUUUCAAUAAACCAGACAACAAUCCUCACCAAAGGUCACACAGUAUGAGAUCUGCACCAGGACGAAUCGACGAAACAAAUCGACAAUCUGAUAGUGCGCCUACAAAAGCUAGCAUCUCCUUCUGGGAACUCCAUAAUUCUUAUGGAAGACCUAUUUUGAGUGAUUAUAACGCUUGGAAACAUUCAUUGAGACUCAAAAGAGAAAAUAGUACCGCAGAGACAGGAAACCUGAUAAAUUUGUAGUCUUAUAAAUUAAUUUUAUGGUAAACUACCGAAAAAUCUCUAUCAGACAAUUAAAAUUAAUUUGUAUUUGUUUUUUUUUGUAUCUUAUUAAUUAUAGAUAGGAAUAUUUUCCCAUUUGUUUGAUACUUUUUUUUAUUUUGUGAUAUUGCGUGUGUUUGUUUAAGGCUACAACUAAAAUAUUUAUGAUUUUUUUGUAU